AUGUCAGGGUUAAAACUUCCGCCUGCACAGAGUAUCAUAACAAAAAGCAGCAAAAAGUUGGUGGUGCUGUGGCUGGUGGCAGUGGCUGCGGAAGACACGCCAGAGGUUUCUAAAGAUGAACAGGAUCUCGUAGCUGAAGCUUCCCAAAAAAGCCCCCAAGCGCAAAAUAGAGAAGGACUUUCAAACUCCUAUGGUGAACCUCUACCUCCCGAUGCAUAUGGACCUCCGAGGGAUAUUAAUAGCAACUCGCCUCUACCAGCCCCGGUCUAUGGAGUACCGGAAACGAUAUUCUUAGACCCACCCCCGGGUGCAUACGGCCCUCCAGCCCCGGUGGUAUUUCCCAACCAAAACUACGAAGGUCCGCCGCCACCGAUCAAACCAAAACCCAUUUAUGGCCCACCAAAAUUCCAUCCACCAAAGAUCAGCUAUGGACCACCGAAACCAGUUUACGGCCCUCCAAAGAAGAGUUAUGGUCCCCCGAAAUAUAGCCUCCCAAAGAUAAACUAUGGGACACCAUUUAAACCACCAAAAAUCUCUUACCCCAAACCAGUGUAUGGCGCCCCUAAGCCUAUUUAUGGUCCUCCUAAACCCGUGUACGGUCCCCCGAAAGUUACAUACGGAACCCCACUCGAUGUCCAAAACGUACAAUUUCCUUUGCCCCAAAACUUUGGUACUAUUGGUAUUGGCGCAAACGUUGGUUCAACGUUCAGUACAGUUGAGACCAGUAUUGGGACAAACUUUGGUUCAGUCGACCUACCGGCGCCGAUAUAUGGAACUCCCUUCCCUAAUCUCCCCGUAAACUUGAAACCCAACUUCCCCGUACCUUCAGAUUCCUACGGCCCUCCCGGUCUACCUUUAGGAUCGAUCGGACAGAACGACCAACUCGUGGUACAGGACUUUGGAAGCAUCGGUCAUUAUGGCCCUCCACAACCGGAUCCCAAUCCUAGACCUCCACAUCCGGGUGUUCCAGCGCCGCCAACACCCCCUCAUGUCUUGUAUGAUGGAUGGAGACCAAUCCCUGGAGUAUCAAAGCCAUUAAUUGAAAACUUAGAUCAUUCCGUAAAUAUCCAAAGUCAUAUCGAACUAGACCAGUAUGGACCUCCGCCACCACCCCCACCAGUUAUUCAGUCUUUAGAAGUUCAGUCCCUCCCUAGUAUCCAAUCAGUGCCGCAAUUCUCUGGAGCUCAGAUAUCAUCAGGGUACUCUACCGUGCAUCAAGACGCCCUAUCAAAUAUUGACUUAAACGCAAUAGUGGGAGGGGAUUCAAAUCACAUUGACCAAUCUAAAACCGUAUUUGAAGCUCAUUACAUCGAGAAAAAUCCACAAGAUAUCACUUUUAUUCAAAAUCUACAGAACCUUAAACCAAUAGACGCUUACGGCCCACCAGAACCGCAAUCUUUCCCCGUGUCCAUACGUCAGCAAGGAGCUAAAGGCUUAAUUCCACCAUCUGGUGUAUAUGGUGUACCACCAGGUAGCCAAUAUGGAGUCCCACCGCGUCCACCACCCUCUAAUCUACCAAUUCCAUACGGUUCAGUCUCUGGUGGCGGUCAUUCAUUACACACAGGAGGAAAUGGCCCCAGACAUCCCAUUAAAUUUAGAGAGUCGGUACCAGAAGGUCUGAUUCAGCAAAUAGGACAAAUAUCGCAACAUAAAGAUCAUCACAGCAUCGAUCAUUUAAAGGUGGGACCGGCGUACUUACCUCCACCAGUAAGAGAAGUCAAAGAUAUUAAUCAGCAGACUGGGAAUUUCGGAGUCAAUAAUCUAGCUUUAUCAAUAGAGCCGACGAACCUCUACAGCCUUCCUCAUGCUGGUAACCCUGUGAACUUCCAAGUACAGCCGAGCAACUUAUAUGGAUCCCCCAUAGAUUCAUAUUCCGUACCACUACAUACUGUAGGUGAUCAUACAGCCUCUGGUUCCAGUACAAAUUCUGUAACAGCAAGUCUUGAUGGUACUAUACUAGCAAACUUGAGCAAUUUAGAAGCAGCCGCGAUUUUGAAGCACUGUCCAUAUCAUGAAGCCAUAUUAAAAGCUGCUCAAUCAGGGGAAAAGAUUCCAGCUGACUUAGCGUCGAAAUACGUAGCUAGCUUAAGCUCGCUUGGUGCUUCAUUAUUAAAAAAUAAACAAGUGCUUCUAUCGCCACAAAACGCAUUUAACACUCCGGCGCCUGGUGCUGAAUCAGUUUCCUACAACAGUAAAGACUUGUCCACAGCAUCCCAUUCACUCGUGCAAACAAUUUUACCCAGUAACCACAUAGACAGUGAAAAAACUGUAAGAUCGACAAUUCAAAAGGGAAAGUCUUUAGACGAGAAACAACUCUUUAAACAAAACUCCAUACAAUCAGUUUCUGAUCAAAUCUAUCAAACGUCUGAGAAAAUUAAGAACUUAAGUGAAGAAACAAAGCAAUUACAACAGAAAAUAGUUACAUCAAGCCAGAGUUUGAACCACGACACAUUUAAUAUACCCAUUGAUAGCAACUCUCCAUCAUUCUCAGUACAAAUCCAGUCGUCACAGGGAAAAGGCAAACCAACAAUUCCUCACGAGCAGUUACUUUCCGAAGGUCUUCUUCAGAGUAUCCUUCAAGCAAUAGAACAACCGCAAAGACCAAAUCAGCAAGUCAAUCAGAAACAAUUUCAAAUCCAGAAUUACCAACCGAAUAUCAACCAAGACGGUUUAGUUCUUCCCGCCGGAUACGAACCGAUAGACCGAACAAAAAAUCAGGAUCUUGAUACACAAAGCUCGAAUAAAGUACAAACUAAAAGUGAUCACACAGAGUGCGAUUUACGAACAGAUAACUCCAUCCGUCAUGAAAUAGUCGUACCACCACCACCGGGCGUUAGUUUGGAUAAGGUGGACGAUGUCGAUAAUGAUGUAGCAAUAUAUUUUGAUCAGAAGGACAGAGAGACAGUGACGGAAAUAUCAGUAGCAACGAGUAUAAGUGAAGAUAAAAACCAGAAAAAGUCAUGA